GGUAACUUGGUCUGUUCGAACUUUUUUGUAGUAUUGAUAAGGACCUUGACAAAUAAUUAAAACAGUUUUAUUUAAUUGAUUAUUUUAACUCAUUCUAUAAAGAUUUAAAUAUGGUUUUAUUUCUUCAGAUCAGUGAUACUUCCUCGUGUCUAACGUGUUGACAUUGCAGCUGCGCUAUCUCUUUAAGAGGCAACCCGGAAGUGGUUCGCUUCCUGUGGGUCUCGGUCACAGGUUCCAGGACGGAAAGCGGAGCUCCCUCCCAGCGAUGACAUCCCUCCCCGUCAUCUGGGCCUUCCGCAGAGGUGUGAGGUGCUGGCGACACCGGGCUCUCCUCAAAGUGUCUCUGGGGACCUAUCGCUGGUACUCGUCCCCGAAUCGCAGCGGCGUCUCGGGCAUGGAGGACAUCCUGGCGAGGGUCGUGGCACCGUUACCCACAUACGAGACCAGGGACAAGACGCCACCGCCCCCCGAGUCCCACAGCCUGGACUUCAUGCACUUCUACAAGAGCCUGGACAAGGAGGACCGACCGGGUCUCCUCGCACAGCUGUCGCGGGACUUCGGGGUGGACCACCGGGGCGUUUCGGAGCUGGCCGCCAAGCUGCAGGACUCUCAGCUGCGGGAUCCGGCGACCGUGUUGCAGGUUGAGGACCGGCUCCGGUACAGCCUGACCCCCCGGUACAAGCAGCUGCUCAAGCACAUAAGCAGGGUGGAAGGGGGGGUGAAGUUCCUGGUGGACCUACGCGCCGAGCUGCUUGAGACACUCGCGUCCAAGUCCAACGAGAGCUCGCACAUCAAGGACCUGAAUGUAACGUUGAAGAGCUUGCUGUCUGAGUGGUUCUCUGUGGGUCUGCUCCGACUGGAGAGAAUCACCUGGCUGUCCCCCUGCGAGAUCCUGCAGAAGAUCAGCCAGUAUGAGGCGGUGCACCCCGUGAGGAACUGGACCGACCUGAAGCGCCGAGUGGGGCCGUACCGCCGCUGCUAUGCAUUCACCCACGCCGCCAUGCCCGGAGAGCCCCUGGUGGUUCUACACGUGGCUCUCACCGAAGAUAUUUCUGACAACAUCCAGAGUAUCGUCCGUGAGGUGGCCACUCUCGAUUCCGAGGAGGACAUCAACAAGAUCAACGCGGCCGUCUUCUACUCCAUCUCCUCCACCCAGGCCGGCCUGCAGGGCGUCGAUCUGGGCAACUACCUCAUCAAGAGGGUAGUGCGAGAACUGCAGAGCGAGUUCCCUCACAUGGCCCAGUUCUCCAGCCUGUCUCCCAUCCCAGGCUUCUCCUCCUGGCUCCAAGGCCUCCUCAGCCAGUACCGAAAGGAAGGCCGGGGCUCGGACCUCCUCUCUGAGCAGGAGUGGAAGGAGGUGGAGCAGGCCACUGACUCCUCCCCUGGUACCCAGACCGUGGACGCCCUCCGGAAGCUGAUCGGCACCAGCGAGUGGACGCGCUCGGAGCGGCUGUCCGGUGUCCUGGAGCCUGUCCUGAUGCGUCUCUGUGCCUGGUACCUCUACGGGGAGAAGAGGCGAGGCUACGCUCUCAACCCGGUGGCCAACUUCCACCUGCAAAACGGCGCCACCAUGUGGCGACUGAACUGGCGCGCCGACACCAGCCCCAGGGGCGUGGCGAACUCCUGCGGCAUCAUGGUGAACUAUCGGUACUUCCUGAAGGAGACGCCUAAGAACAGCUCUGUGUACCUGCAGAACAAGAGCAUCAUGGCGUCAGAUCAGGUUCUGGGACUCGUUUCCCAAUAUCAGAAGAACAGCAAACUGUGAGAGAGAGAGACGAGGAGACGCCCAUAAACAGAGUGGCACUUGAUAUCACAAUGUUAUUAUCACAUUCUGAAAAUCUUUAUUUUUGUUUAAUUUGUCUUUGAUAUUUAAUUUUAAAAAAAAAGGCUCCGGUAGCUCCUUUAAAUUAACUUUAGCUGAUGUUGUUUUGGAUUUGAAAUCAGACCAUUUGUCACAUUAACGUUUCUCAUCCCAUCUUCUGUAUUUAGUACAUAGGUUUUAUUUUCUGCCUCAUUAUGUUUCUGGCAGAAGGUGUUGGAUAUUGUGCGAGUGUUUCCCAGGCUGAGAGACCGGAGCUAAUGAAGCAGGAGGCGUCUAUCAAAGUCUUUCUAUGCUCCUGGAUAACUGCAUGUGAUGGUGAAGCAGGAGCAAUGAGUGAGUGCAGCUACUGGAAUAAAUGAUGUUCAGAGUCUUUCAUCUGGCCGGCGCUGCAAACACGCUGAAGAAUGGAGGAGUGAAUUUCUAUUUUGUUGUUGUUGCUUGGUUUGGGGAUUAUUUAAACCUGCUGACUGGAAAUAUUAUUUCAUAUUAAAUAACUGUCACCAAAACAAGA